ACUAAGUGUUGGUGGUUAACACCACCACUGUUUAAAGUGUGACUUAAUAAAGAAGAGCUGGAACCAGACGCUUAAAUAAUGAGGAUAGGACUUCAGAAUAAAGGCCUUUGAGACAGCAGGUUUCACGACAUGGAGGGGUUCUCAAGAAGUUUGCUGUUGUGCUUGUUGUUGUGUUUGAUCAACACAGCUUAUGCAAAUACCACUCCUUCAAUCGAUGUCACCACUUAUACUAUAUGUGUAGACAUCCCACCUGGUGAACGUGCAUUCACCAUCGCUGCAUCAGAUUUAGAAAAUGACCCGCUGACUUUUACAAUCACUGGGAUCAAUGCUGAAUACUUCACAGUUGAGGAAAACACAGGGGUAGUAAGAGUGAGAAGACCACUAGAUAGACAGGCUACUACGAUGGAUCUCGUAGCUGUUGUCUCUGAUGGCACCACUUCUGAUUCAGCCGACCUACUUAUAAUAUUAAUGCCCACCAACAGCUACAUACCUCAAUUUGAAGAGGCGUCAUAUGAUUAUAAUUGUCCAGAAAAUACUACUGUAGGUUCCUCUCUGUUCACGGUGAGGGCCACUGAUGAAGACACAGGGGUUGCUGGCACUAUUAAAUACAGUAUUGAUGAAGUUGUCCCAAGUUCUGGUUCAGGUCUGUUUACUAUCGAUGCGUCAAGUGGUGAAGUCAGAUUAGCUGGAGGUCUGAAUUUCACACAUCUUGAUACUUUCUACCGGUUGAAGAUAAAUGCAACUGAUGGUGGAGGGAAGUGUCAUUUUACUGAAACCACGUAUUUUUCAAGUGUUGCCGUUGCUAACAUCACGGUUAAAGACGUCCCUGACCUCGACCCAGUGUUCACGGGUGAUCUACCCUACAUAAGGAGUGUUAAUGAGCACUCUCAGGUGGACGUGCCUCUUUUUCAAGUGACUGCCAGAGAUCCAGACACAGGAAUCAAUGCUGAAAUCAACUUUAGUAUUGAAGAUUCCACAAUUGAUGGCCUUUUUAAGAUCUCAUCAGCUGGUAUGAUAUCUGUGCUAUCAGAUAUUGACAGAGAGGAUUUAGUCACAGACACUGUUAACCUGACUGUGAAGGCCACUGAGUCCAGACUAAACAUUGAUGGGGUCUUUGCCAGCACCACAACAAGUGUAGUGAUCAACAUCAUCGACAUCAACGACAACAACCCCAAGUUUCCAGAGCCAUCGUACACAUUUCAUGUGAGCGAGAACUCCCCGAUUGGGACAGUAGUGGCCCAGAUUACGGCUACUGAUGCUGAUGAGCCAGACACAGAAAACAGUCAGAUUAAGUAUAGAAUUGAAACCAGCAGGUACAGCGAUCUCUUCACCAUUGAUCCAGACACUGGUGUGCUGACAAACAGCGGUGAGCUUGACUAUGAGGCUCUGGAUGGAAGUAUUGAGCUUAAUGUUACUGCCACUGACAAGGGUGUUCCUCCGCUAUCUGCCACCGUCCCAGUUAUCAUCAAUAUUAAUGAAGUGAAUGAAGUACAUCUUGAAUUUUCAUCUCCUGUAGAAGAGGUCAAAGAAGAACUUGACGACAUCAUCAGAGUGUUGAGAGCUGCCACCAAUGCUACUAUUGAAAUUGUUUCAAUCAUUCCUGCAACAUCAACGACUGGAGCUAUCAUCAUAGCACGUUUUGUCUACUCUGAUGGAACGACUCUCACCGCUGAUGAUAAGGAGGAGAUGAUCUCUGAUCCAGAAUAUUCUUCUGAGCUGGAAGACCUUGGACUUAUAGAUAUUAGGGACGGUUCCUCAGAACCACCAGACAAAACAGUGGAAAUUGUGCUGGGCGUGCUGGGAGGCCUCAUCUCGCUGGUGGCUGUUGUAAUUUGUUUUAUGUAA